GUCAACACUUAUUUCCAGCUCAUCCCCCAAAAUGAUAUAGACACACUAUAAUCGCCGUAUUAUGCUCCCUGGAUCCAAGACCGAAGAUCUACACAGGCAUGUCUCGUCCGAGCAGUUCGUCUGCUAAGGAAGGAAGCAAACCGGGGUUUUGGAAAAAGGGAACCAGUUUCCCAGGGAGCAUCAAGCCAGUCUAUGGAGCUCAGCACCCACCUAUGCAACAAGCAGCACUUCCGAGAAGUAAAAAAGAAGAUAAUGGCAAGCUAAAGAGUAACAAAAAAGAUGCAUUCCAUGAUUUUGAAAACAAAACAUCAGAUGCUUGGGAUGAUGGAGACGAUGAACUCCUCGUCAUGGCUAAUAUCCAGAUGUCUCUUCGGGAUGUUCGCAAAACUGCGGAGGCUGUCAUAGACAACCACAGCAAACAAAUCAAUGCUCAGAAUGACAACAAACAAAGUCAUGUGACUGCCAUUCCAUCAGCCACCUCUUCACAAGGAGCAGGUCCUGGAGUAGGAAUGAGACUAAACACUGGAUGGCAAGCUCCCAAGACGACAGCCAUCAGACCAACACAAAAAAAAGUGCCAGACCGCCAAGUCAUCAAACUGGAAAAGUUCAAAAGUGCCAUGGCUGCACAGAACACAGAUCUAGAUGAACUCAGAAAACUAAGCUGGUCAGGAAUUCCAAAAGCUGUCCGUCCUACUGCCUGGAAAAUCCUCUCCGGUUACCUUCCUGCCAGUCUGGACCGGCGAGAACCUACUCUACUGAGGAAGAGGAAUGAGUACUUUGGCUUUAUAGAGCAGUACUAUGACACUCGCCACCAGGAAAUGCACCAGGAAACCUUCAGACAAAUUCUUAAAGAUAUUCCAAGAAUGACAUCACUUGCUCACUUGUUUCAACAGAAGGUUGUUCAAGAAAUUUUUGAAAGGAUUUUGUACAUCUGGGCAAUUCGCCACCCUGCCAGUGGAUACGUCCAGGGAAUCAACGAUCUGGUUACACCGUUCUUUGUGGUUUUCUUGUCUGAGUACAUUGAAAAUGAUGUAGAAUCCGAGAACUGUGACUUACAGGAACUUCCGCAGGAAACGCUACGCAUCAUUGAGGCUGAUAGUUACUGGUGUACGUCACGUCUGCUGGAUGGUAUCCAAGACAACUACACAUUUGCACAGCCGGGUAUACAGAUGAAAGUCAAUGCCCUCAAGGAGCUGGUCAAAAGAAUUGAUGUUCCAUUACAUAAACACUUGGAGGAACAGAAUGUGGAAUACCUUCAGUUCUCUUUCCGGUGGAUGAAUAAUUUACUGAUGCGAGAAAUACCACUUAGGUGUACAGUCAGACUCUGGGACACAUACUUGUGUGAACCCAAUGGUUUUGCUGACUUUCAUCUCUACAUGUGUGCAGCAUUCCUAGUGAGGUUUUCUAAAGAUAUACAACGGGAACGUGAUUUUCAGGGAAUUCUCAUGUUUCUACAGAACCUACCCACACAUCAUUGGAACAACGAAGAAAUUGGUGAACUUUUAGCAGAAGCAUUCAAACUCAAGUACAUGUUCGCUGAUGCACCGAAUCACUUGGACAAGAAAUAACGUAUAGAGAUAGAUUAGUAUUGAGUUUAAUUGGACAUUGUUGUGUGUGUCUCUCAUCUGAACAUCUGUACGGUUGUGUGCAUAUAUGUAAAAGGUGCCAAAUAGUGAACAGUUGACCUGUCUGAAAGGUCAUGUUACGGUUGAUAUCACAAUCACCAUCAAUAUCUGCAAAUGUUAUUGAAUGAUAAUCAUUGUAUGUGUGACCUUUGACCUGAUUAAUUUAGUCAAAGUAGUUUAGAAACAUUUUAAUGGAAAAGACUAGCACCACAUUUGCUGUGUGUUCAGUGAUACCAUGUGUGUCUUUUUACAAAUUAGGGCAAAAAUUCCAUAUGAUAUACAAAUGCAAGGGUUUGUUAUCACUGGAACCACAGGUGUCAACUCAGGUCAAGCCAACAUUUGGUGAAUGAUAAUGAGAGAUACAGGUUUUAUCAAAGAGGGAGAGAGUUAUCAGUGAUACAGAUGAUUUUCAGUAAGAGAAAAUAUUAAGAGUGAGAGAGAAUGGGUUAAGGGCCAGUGAAUGAUACCAUAAUAUUAGUGAGACAAAAUGUUUUGAGAGAGAUCGGUGAAUGUAACCAUGGUAGCAAUCAUUAAAUGUAAUAGCGAGAGAAAAUUUUUUUUUUCACUGAAAGGAAAUCUUUCAUUGGUGAGAAAAAGAGUGCUGAAACAAAUAACACUUACCUGUAGCAAUGUGCGGCAUGUGAUAGAGAUAUGGACAGAUGGUACCAGUGGAAAGUGACAAGUCUUCAUGGUGUACCAGGUGUUGUCAGAGAUACCAAAUAAUGUCAUCGAGUUGGAAACAUGAAACAAGUCUGAGGCAGCUUUUAUGUAACCCAGUUCAGAUGGCACAGAAUUUUUUCAUGAUAACCAAACAUAUCUGUACCGGAAGUGUUGCAGAUAAAGUUCCAAAUGUGCAGUUUCGGAAUAUCCUGUCAAACAUAAAACAGUGAAUCAUUGAUAUGAUAUUUUCCAUUUUAAUCUGAACUGAAAUAUCAUAUCACUUCCAGAAAUAGAUGUGUAAUACGACCAUGUUUUAAGCAGAAAUUCUGAAAACUGAUAAAAAUUUGUCAAUUAGUUUCAGACAGAUAUGGCUGACCCCCUCAAACUGCAUGUGCCGAAUUAUUGUGCAGACCAUUCUUGGUCCCUAUCUGUUCCUGGUGUUUCACUUGCAAGCUCAGUCAGUCCAACUGUUUCAACUGCAAAAGCAUUCUGAGCAAGAAUGCACAAGUUAAAGAGGUGACAACUUGUAUUACAAUGUGGUCUUAAACAAUACAUUGUUUGAGAUGAUGCAGUGCAUUGCUCUUGAUAUCAUUUAUCAUAGAAAAAAUGGGAUAUAAAGCAGUUACAUGAACAGUAAUGUCAGCAUUCAAUGAAAACAAACAAUUUUUUGUAUAAAAAUACUGUGUAUAGUAUGUAUAUGUUUGUUUUUGACUGUUAAAGACCUCAUCUUAAAAAUAAUCCUAACCCUUCUUAUUAUCACCUCUGAAAUGCUUGGUUAGUGAAGACAAUUAACAAACUUUCUUUACAUUGUCUGUGUGAAAAACGAAACUUGCACCUACCUGCUAGAUUUUUUGUUUUUUAUUUAAAAUUAAGAUGUUAAAUUCAGCAAUAGUAUGCUAAAUUUGUAAUGGAUUCAUUUUCUUUCAGUAACUUCUUAAACUUUCUAUGUCAAACUGGGUUCAUUUUAACUGUUUCUGUAUUUCAAGUUAAUAUUUUUCACUCAUGAAAUAAUUUUUAGUAUUUUUAGUCCUUAAGGCAAUAGAUGGAAAAAAAGUCUCAACUAUCAGUUAAAAGACAAGUCAGUUUUUGUUUGCUGUGUUAAAUUACCUGAUGAAAGAAAAUAUUGCAGACAGUAUGUAUGUUAUGUAAAGCAAACAGAAGAUAUAUCUUGUAAAAAUAAAAGAUUGCUUUAAAUAAUAUGAUAUGAACAGAAAAGUGACAUUAAUCAACAUGACAUUAAGAGGAAUCCAGAGUUUUACACAUUUUGUUGGUAAGUCUGUUGUUAUGGACAACACCUUGAAUGUUAUAGAUGAUACCAUAUAUUACAUUUGUACUAUUGGUAUUGUAUAAUAACAUUGAUUACUCUUAUAUAACAUUGUGUUAUAUAUAACAGCUUUAUCACAGAUUUGGUAUAGAUCAUUUCUCCCUGUUUUGUGAUGUGUUAAAAGAUAUCAGUUAUAGUUAAUCAUAUCUAUGAAAUAGCCAUUGUGUUUUUGAAAUGUACCUCUCUCUUUAACAGGAUAAUUUAAUUAUGAACAUUUAUGAGUACAACACAUGGAAAAAGUAGAUAUAAAUCAAAUUAUUUUAUCACAAUUGAUCUGUUAUGUCAUAUCAUGGCAAAGUCAUAUGUAUUGUAAGAUACAUAUGUAAUAAUACUAUUGUGACGUCAUAAGUAAGUCACAUGUUGAUGAUGUCAUAUGAUUGUCUUGGUUGUGUUAAACGUACCCUCCAAGUCAGAAUAAGAUGAAUUAUUAAAAAAAUUUAAGACAUAGGACAAAUUUAAUCUUGCAAAAGUGUCAUGGUGAUUUUGGUUUAUAUUGACACCUGUGUGAGGAGAACUGCUAGAUAAAUUGGUAUAGAACUUGUCAAAAGGCUUGUGACAUAUAUAAUCAUUGAUAAAUGCCAUACUGACGUGAUUUUCAGAUCCCAUACAUCUGUUUGGAAAAGUUUUCUUCCUUGAGAAAAUGGUGUUUUAUGUUGCAUGUCGCAUUCCAAGUGUACUCUCUCUUUUCAGUGAAUGUUUUUCCCCCCUCUCUCUCAUGGUUCCAUAAUGAUUGUCACAAUUCAAGAAGUCAAGAACUAUGUGUUAUGUCCAGGUCACACUACAUGUAGCAUGAUUUACACAACUCCAAAAUAAGUGAAAUUUCUCAUCAAAGGGGAUGAAGUUAUAACACAUGGCUCAUAUAAAUAUGUUUUUCUUUAUGAAGUAAGAGCUGGUUUGAGUGUAUAAAAAAAAUCUUGAACAUUAACAGCAAAACUUGUUGCAAAAGUGCUAGAAUUUUGUUCUGAACUAAAGUUGAUACUCUAAGCCGUUGAUAAUCAUUAUAGGUUUUAGAGGCCCUUUUGCAGCUGUAGAGGCGAAAUGUACCAUAUCAUGAUAUGAUGGUGAUUAGUGCUGGUUACUAAUCAUUGUUCUUUCGUUUUACAUUAAAGUCAGUACUCGGCAGAUUUAUUUGAAAUGUGAACUUGAUGUCUUGUCAGCUCAUUUAUUUACUGGAGUAUUUUAUUUGAUGCAGAAAUAAAAAGCCAUAGUCAGAAACCCUUGGAUACUCUGAAAUUGUAAAUAUGAAGUAUUAGAAGUAAAAUACUCAGAAAAUACAUAUAUAACGACUGUACAUACAUUUUUAACCAAUCAUAGUCAAGUCCUCAAGUUUCUGUUGAUCAGAGAUGUCUGGAAAUACUUUGAAUAGAUUUUCUUUGAAGAAGAUAUAUACAUGUUUACCCUGCAUAUGUGAAGGGGUGUGUCUCUCCUGAUACUAAUCAUCUUCUCCAUAAAACACAUACAAAAUUCUCAUACAAAUACAGACAUUGUGUAAAUCCCAAAGAAAUUUUUGAAUUAAAUCCUUUUGAUUACAUAAUUUCAGAUUAGAAAGCAAAUGUUUAAGGUUUUACAUGUUGAGGAACAAGCCCACAUGAGGACCACGACAUAAAAUCUACAUUGAUUUAUGAUGUUUGGAUCAGUUGAGGAGCAGUCUUGCCCAUGUGAUAAGAUUAUUUUAUGUGAGACUUGAUAUUGAUUAAUUCGUUUUUAUGUUUUUUGAAUUGGUGUUCACCAUUUUCAUUGAACUUUUCUGCAAGUGCUCACUUGGAUUCUACUUUGUAAGUGCUAAUCUUCAUUAAGAUAGCUGAAGGAAAAUUCUGCAUUUAUUUUUAAUUGGAAGUAAAAAGAAAAGAAAAAAAAACAAAGAUACUAUUGCAUGAAUGGUAAAAUUAUGCAAAUCACACAGAGUUUCUGACUGAAAGAUAUAUGUUGUAGGAGACUAUGAUCAUGCUACCAGUCUGUGGUAAAAUCAUGUUGUUUCAUGGUAGAAUUACAAGUCAGUAGAGAAUAGGAGCAUUCUGCAGUCUGUAAUUGGUAGAAUGUUGCCUUACUACAGUAGAAUUAUCAGUCAUCAGGGGCGACUAGGAUCAGUCUGCAGUCUGUAAUUGGUAGAAUGUUGCUUUACUGCAGUAGAAUUAUCAGUCAUCAGGGGCGACUAGGAUCAGUCUGCAGUCUGUAAUUGGUAGAAUGUUGCCUUACUACAGUAGAAUUAUCAGUCAUCAGGGGCGACUAGGAUCAGUCUGUAGUCUGUAAUUGGUAGAAUGUUGCCUUACUGCAGUAUAAUUAUCAGUCAUCAGGGGUGACUAGGAUCAGUCUGUAGUCUGUAAUUGGUAGAAUGUUGCCUUACUGCAGUAGAAUUAUCAGUCAUCAAGGGCGACUAGGAUCAGUCUGUAGUCUGUAAUUGGUAGAAUGUUGCCUUACUACAGUAGAAUUAUCAGUCAUCAGGGGCGACUAGGAUCAGUCUGUAGUCUGUAAUUGGUAGAAUAUUGCUUUACUACAGUAGAAUUAUCAGUCAUCAGGGGCGACUAGGAUCAGUCUGUAGUCUGUAAUUGGUAGAAUAUUGCUUUACUGCAGUAUAAUUAUCAGUCAUCAGGGGCGACUAGGAUCAGUCUGUAGUCUGUAAUUGGUAGAAUAUUGCCUUACUGCAGUAGAAUUAUCAGUCAUCAGGGGCAACAAGGGUCAGUGUGAGUCUGUAAUUGGUAGAAUGUUGCCUUACUGCAGUAUAAUUAUCAGUCAUCAGGGGCGACUAGGAUCAGUCUGUAGUCUGUAAUUGGUAGAAUGUUGCCUUACUGCAGUAUAAUUAUCAGUCAUCAGGGGUGACUAGGAUCAUUCUGCAGUCUGUAAUUGGUAGAAUGUUGCCUUACUGCAGUAGAAUUAUCAGUCAUCAGGGGCAACAAGGGUCAGUGUGAGUCUGUAAUUGGUAGAAUUUUCUGCAGUAGAAUUACCAGUCAUUAGGGGCGACUAGGGUCAGUGUGCAGUCUGUAAUUGGUUGAAUUUUCUGCAGUAGAAUUACCAGCCAUCAGGGGCGACUAGGGUCAGUGUGCAGUCUGUAACUAGUAGAAUGAUGCUGUUUAGUAGUAGAAUUGCCAGUCAUUUCGGGAUGCUAGGUUCAGUCUGUAAUUGGUAGAAUGAUGCUUUUCUGCAGUGGAAAUACCAGUCCAUCAGGGAAAGCUAGGAUAUUGCUGCCUUUUCAUAACAGAAUGCUGAUUUUCUGCAUUAGAAAUACCAGUCCAUCGAGAGAAUGCAAGGAUAUUGGUGCCUUUCGAUAGCAGAAUGUUGCCUUUCUGUGGUAGUAUGUGAAUGAGAUGUAGAAUGUACAAGUGUACAAUUAUAAUGUACAAAGUCACUGCAUAUAGCAUGCCAUUGUCACCAUUCUGUCAAUACAACUCACAUCAAUGUAUGUCACAGUAUCUUAUGAAUGUUAUGGAGUCAACUUGUUCAGGGGUGCCUACUUCAAUGUUAUUUUCUAGGCUGUCCCUUUAUAUAAUAUUUUAUGUUGGUAGCCUGGUUUAAAUUAACAUUCUGUCUUAUCUUAGUCAUCUAUAGCACAAUGUUGGUACAUGGACUUCAGUGUACCCGACUAUAAUUACCUGGUAUGUGUAGAUUUAAAUGUUACUGAAAUAUGUUUUCUUGUUAAAAAUAUUGAUGAAAGCAAUGGUCAGUCUAAAAAGAAGCCACUGAUGCAUUCAAUUGAUGAUUUUAUUUUCAUUUACAAAUUUUAUUUUCACUCAUCCUUCAUUUUGUUAUGUCAUAUUUAUUCAAUGAAUGAAUAAACCAUGAAUUUUU